AUGAAGCGGGCAGGUGAUUUUCAGCCAAGCGGCAAAGGUGAGGGCAAAUCGCCGUCCGAUCAAGGUACACGUGAAGAACCACAGCCGUAUAGCGAUAAGCAGGAGAAAGAAGAGCACCCUCCAAAGCGGGCUCGUCGGCAACCUUCCGACGAGGGCGCGGCAGUUGAGCUGGAUGGUGCACAGCACCCGGGCGACGAAAAGGAUUCUAAGUUGCCACCUGAAGAAGUUGCAGCAGACAAGAAAUCCAAAGGUUCUGAAGGGGCAGGGGAAGAGCAGGCGGAGGCGACAAGAGUGUUGGCGGAUGAUGACCCUCCAGCGGAAGAGACCAAACCGCGUGCAGCACCUGUUGCUGUGCCAACCAGAAGCUUUGCAACCAUGUCUUUUCCUUCACAACUAAUGACGCUCCUCCAGAAAAAUGUCAAUCCCGAUGCAAUAUGGUUUCUUCAGGGAGGUGAAGCAAUUGGGAUCAACGCCAGUCGCAUUGAGCAGGUGCUCAAUGAGCACUUCCGCGGCAUGAAGUAUAGCAGUUUGGUUCGCAACUUAAACAGAUGGGGGUUUCGACGGAUUUCUCACGCGUCUCUAAAGGAGAAAGACAGAGGAUACCACCACUUGCUCUUCCAGAAAGAUAAACCACAUUUAGUCGAGCGAAUGAAGAGGGACAGCAAUGCAACCGAAGUAGUAAGGCAACUUGAUCUUGAUGCCAACCCAGGUGGUCAAGCAUCCGACAAGGGCCCGUCGCGGCCAACGGAGGCAGUGUAUGAGUCUAACCAAUCUUCCACAAUGAAUAGAGCUGGCUCAAGUAGCAGGCCCGGUGUACCACAGCAGCAAAGACAUGGUGUUGCUACCGGGGGCGCUACUCUCUCGUCCGUGCGUGCUCCUCUCCUGAUGCAAGGUUCACUGGACCCUCAGCAACGCAUGGCCUUAAUGCAGCAGCAACAGCAAAUAGAAUGGCAUCGCCAACAACAGGCUCUCGCAGGCGGUCUCUACAAUUGGAGCUUUCCCCAAACUCUGCCGUCGGCAUCUCCACUUGCUUUUGGUCUGCCGCAACAGAGGACUGCGGCCUCUUCGUCUAUCCCAACGCGCAGCGAUGCUGUUUCCAACGUCGUUCGGCAUCCGUCGGCAUCCGACACGGAAGAGGCCCCAGAGGUGAAUGAGGAUCAGAAGAACAACCCUUCCUCGAUUUCAGAUAGAUAG